CUUUGCAAAGAAGAGUGGUGCAUAGUGCGAUCUAGAGGGUGAGGAAAUGGCACCGGUGGGAUUACCUCCUGGUUUCAGGUUUCAUCCAACUGAUGAAGAGCUCGUGAAUUACUAUCUCAAAAGGAAAAUAAAUGGGCAAGAAAUUGAACUCGACAUUAUUCCCGAGGUUGAUCUCUACAAAUGUGAACCAUGGGACUUAUCAGAAAAAUCGUUUUUGCCAAGUAGAGACCCGGAGUGGUACUUCUUUGGACCCCGAGAUCGGAAGUACCCAAACGGAUUCAGAACAAACAGAGCGACUAGGGCAGGAUAUUGGAAAUCUACUGGGAAGGACAGGAGAGUUACUUGUCAAAAUCGAGCCAUUGGAAUGAAGAAGACGCUGGUCUACUACCGAGGCCGUGCCCCUCAGGGAGUAAGGACGGACUGGGUAAUGCAUGAAUAUCGCCUUGAUGAUAAGGAGUGCGAGGACACCUGUGGAAUUCAGGUAGAUUCUUAUGCACUAUGUCGCGUGUUCAAGAAAAAUGGCAUCUGCUCAGAAGCAGAAGAGCAAGGGCAGUGUAGUAUAUCACUGAUGGAGUGCUCGCAAGGUGUUGUCAAUGAUUCUGAAACCAUGUCACCAGACCUUCCCUUAGCCUCACCUUCGGGCAUUGAAGAGGAAGAUAAAGAUGACUCAUGGAUGCAGUUUAUCACCGAUGAUGCAUGGUGCUCUUCUAACACUAGUGCUAUGGCUGGGGAUGAAGCAUCUAAUGUGGUAUUUACCAACUAAAGAGCUAAGAGUUACAUAAAAAACAUUCAAAAAUCUUACAGGUGGUGAAUAACAUAAAGUUAAUUGGCUGAGUUUCUUAAAAUAAGACGCAACAUUUACAAAAUAUUUGUAAAAUCUCAAUCGUUAUCUCUGAUUGGAUGUAUUGUUUUGUUACGGUUUGGUUGUUGGCUUUCCAUGGAGCCAGUCUAUCAUGUGGCUCUAUGGAUUUUCUUUUGACCUUUUUCUUGGAGGGUGAUCAUUUGGGGCGUCACUUGUGGAACAAUAACAAGAAAUCAAAUAUUAGCACUA